CAAUUCGAUAUUUGCUCGAACACACCGUUGUCAUCUAUUGUGAAUCGUCCGACAAUAAACAGCUGUUAUAAAAAACAACAAAUAUUCUGCAGUUUUGGUGUUGUUUUCGUGGGAUAUUUUGUUUUGGUCAUUAUAAAAAUUUUUGGAUAAGUGUGUAUUGAGUUUUACAUCGUUAAACUUGAAACUUAGUUAUCACUGAAUGAAACACUAACCGAAAAAUCAAUAGAGCCCAAACCUUUGUACCUGGCAUCAGGAAUUACAUAGGCGGCCAUAAAAAAAUUUCAUGACAUGGGCGCCGAGCAUUCUCAGCAGCGCGCAGAGGCGGAUGGCCGCGAAAUUUUUGAAGGCGAUUUGAAAAUUUCUCUUGGCAAUCAUCGGCAAUCACACAGUACCACACCCACAGGGAGCGCGAAAAGACGUGCAGGUCGACAAAGUUCCAACAGUGGCAGCACCAACCGAGGUAGCAAACAUAUCGUUGAGACAGUAGCAGUAACUGCAUCGCCAACUACCUCUUUAGAGCUAAGUCGGCCACCCUCACCACCGCUGAGUGUUUGCUCUGAUUUGCCUUAUGUUUCCUAUACGGAUCGCCCUAUUGGUGACUCACCGAAAAUACGCAACAAGCCACAUAGUAGACAUCAACAACAGAGUAAUAUAAAUCGUAAUACCGGGAUACGCAAGUCCUUCGGUGCUACUCCGAAGCGUCCGCAAUCCACUUCAGGCACAAUAGUGAUUGUUAAGCCCGGUGCGCGGGACGCAGACUAUGACGCUGAUGCCGAUUUAACGCGUUUGCGAAAUAUUCCACAGUUUCUGCCAGUUCUGCGCGAUUCUAUUACAACGGCGGCGUUUACACGAGAUCAAGAAGUUUUAGAGCGUUUAAAUUCACAGCAUUUAGUGAAUAUUUGCUGUCGAAUGCAGACACAUUUAAAUAUUUGCGCUACACAAGUAGCGCAGGAGCAAAAUCAUCUUGUCGAACGUACAAAGGUGGUUAGUAAUUCUAUAACGACUCUUUUUGCUUCCUUUGUCGAUAUGCAGAAAACUUAUGCCGCUUACGCCGAGCAAUUUUCCAGAGUGCGUACUAUUUCGCAACAGCUAAGUCGAUGUAAUUCUUUGCUCCAUGACAAUAUUGCUAGUCUGGAAGCUAUAAAUAAUUUUCUCGAUAUUGAAGAUCGCCUGGAGCCUUUCAUUUGGCGAACAGAUGAUAUUAAACAGCGCGGAGAAGCCGAGGGGGCACCUGGUGGCGGAAGUGGGCGAUUGACGCGUAUGUAGUAUGUUUCAGUAGCAAAAUUAUCAAACAUUAGAAUAAGUAUAUGAGCAUGAAAAGCUGUUAGCUGCGAGGGCUCCAUCCUUUAAAUUAAAUUGUGGUCGAAAAUGUGAUUCAUCGUCAAAUUUGUUUUUCGAAACGUAAAUCUCACGUUUUACUCGCCUAACUUUUAAUAAUUUCGAUCUGUAGUUGUUGUAAAUCGUAAUGGCCAUUAUUGAUAUAGUCCGUAUAUGUAUGUGUAUCUUUAAGAUUUAAUGUUAAUAAAAAUGCAAAUAAACACAAGGCUAGAGAAUACAUUUAAUUUAGUUAUAGUUCCUCGCCUAAUUUAAACAAUUUAAACUAAGAUAAAAUAACAAUUAAAGGGGUUAGAAUCAAAAGGAUCUAAGUAGAUCUGAAAUUUGUUUGAGAUAAUUAAGGUUAAAGUUGAUUACUUAUUGUAAAUUCUGGCUAAACGCAUUUGAAAUGAUUAUUGCCUAAAUGAAUGCCAGUUAAUUAACUAAUUCAAAGAAUGUUUACUCUUUGUCACCAAAUAAACUAUAUUUAACAAUACAAAUAUGGGUAUAACUUAUAUUUUCAAAAAAUGUCACUUAGACCCUUAUGGUUCUAACCCCUUCAAUUGUUAACAGAUUCACUACUAAUGCCAAUACAUAUGACAUUAAAUCUUUCUGGGUGUAGCGAAAUAAAAAAAGUGUUAUACUAAAUCGGCUAUGCGUCUUAAAUUUCUCUGCUAUAUUAGAUAGUAGUUGUUUUAGUUUAAAAACAACUUCGAAAUACUUGAGAAAUAUAUCGUAGUUAAAAGUGCAAAACCGCGUAUCAGCGAAAUGCAAAACCACGCAUGUGAACUUGUAGGAUUUAUUUUCUAGAGCUUAAAAAACUCAUAUUUCAAAAUGGUUCUCUAUUUUAUAAAGCAAUCGCAUUUUUGGCUAGUAUAUUUCAGG